GAAAAAAAAGAUUGGCAACAGAUGUUAGCUCAGGUGCCAAUCUUAAAAAAAAAAAAAGAGUGUGCUGUUGGAAAGCAGAGGCAGGACCAUACCAGAGAGAUGAAUUCACGGCACAGCGAGGGCCUGUUCUGGACUCCACACGGCAGCCACUGCCUGUUUCUGUGGGAGCGAUCACCACAGAAACAGGGAUGGUAUCCAGCAGAAGUUUCCUGAAACACUUGUAGGGUUUCCUGACACACUUAAGGAGCUGCUCCCUGUGUGCUCUUGCCUUUGUGUUUGUAACUGUGAGUGUGAUUGCACACAUGUGUGUGUGUGACUGCAUGUGUAUGUGUGUGGCAGUGUGCACGUGUGUGUGUGUGUGUGCGCGCCUGUGGGCAUUGUGUUAGGGAGUGGGCCCAGGGUGGUCCUCAGGCAUCCCCACCUGCUGGCAUCUGCCCCUGUAGGAGGUGAUGAGCUGUUUCUUUACUCUCCUGAGUUUGGAUUAAGAAUUCGGCAGUGAGAGAAUCAUUUGUGCUGGUAACCUCUUUGCAUUACAAUUGCACUCCUGGAUUCCUCUAAAGGUUUGCUUGACUGUAGAAAAAUGCGUUUCCUGAUAUGUAGAUCGUGAAAUUUCUCUCAGUUAUUAAAAUCUACGUGUGAAACUGUCUCAAGUGAGAUUCCUCGGGGCCUGCCUGCCUGGUAGGUCAAAGUACUUGAAGAAAAUCAGACAUCAUUUUCUUUCAUCGGAGUCGUUCAGAAAUGUUUUACAAAAGUGGUACAUGCUUGUAAAAAAGAAACAAAGAUAUAAAGUAGCAAAUGGAACUCACCAGUAACUCCUAUCCCUCAGGGAUAACCAUUAUUAACAUUCUGGUACAAAUCUUUCUAGACGCACGUCUAUUUAAACAAAAAUUGGAUCAUGGCGUGUGUACUGGUGUAUGACCUGCUUUUUGCACUUAAUGAUAUAUGCUGGGCAUCUUCCCGUGUCAAUAAAUAGAAAUUUGUGUAUUUUUUAGCAGUUGCCAUAGUGUUUUAUAUAUGGAUGGGACCAUAGUUUAUGGAAGCAUUCCAAUUUUUCAGUAUUAUAAAUAACGCCGUGAUGGACAUCUUUGUAGAUCUCUAUCUUUGGACAUCCGUCCAAUUACUUCCUUAGAAGAAAUUCCAGCAGCAGAAGAGCGCCACAUGACAAGUUUCGAUGCGUCUGUUACCAGAGUGGAGCAUCUGCCUGUGUCCCACCUGUGCCACAGAGCAUGCCAUGGCCUGGGAGUCCUCCACGAAACUGCUGUCACCUCCUGCAAAGCCAGACCUCCCCCGGCGAGGACACGGUGCCCAGCCCGCCGCUCUCCAAGGAGGAAGAUGGCCCAGCCUGGGGGCAUGCCCUGAGCAGCUGCCUCUGAUCCGUUGGCCGAGCAGCAGGGAAUUGUGAGGCUGAGGAGCGGCUAGCUGGGAGCCUCAGGGACCGCCCAGCCUGGCUCCCGGCUCACCCGCAAGAUGUGGACAGCCCUUGUGCUUGUUUGGAUUUCCUCCUGGUCCUUAUCUGAAAGCCAAACGACAUCCCAGGAGCCACGGUCCGUAGACCUCAACAGGAUGUUGGAAAAUUCAGUCGGCAACAGUACGUUUCAGGAAACAAUUUCGAGAGUCUUUAAUAAAACUUCUGAAGGAAUGACUGUGGUGACACCUUCUCCUGUCACGUUGACCAAAGGGACUUUGGUGGUUGACCCCACCUCUCCUGCAGUCACAGCAGCAACAACACAUAGGACAGGUGUGGGCACUCCGGUGACUGCAGAAGGUACCCCUGACCGGGCAGCCUCCGGGGUGCCCAGCCCGCCCAGUGCUGUGUCUGCGGGGCCCGCCCCGUCCGCCCCUGCUGCUCUGAGCACCCCGCAUGCUCAGGCAUCCCGCAGCGGCACAGCGCCAGGAGCAGCCACUCUGACAACACAGGCCAUGGGCACGCAGACUGCUGCUGUGACCACGGCAGGGAUGCUCAGCCCGCAGGGCACGCACAGUCCUGAGCCCACGUCUGGCCCUUCCACAGCCAUCCCUGUGUCCUCCUUGAGUCCCCACGCCCCUAACGUGUCCACACAAGGCCCCAGCAUCCCGGCGUCGACAACCGGGCCUGUGGCUGACACAACAAGCAGGCCCACACCCACCCUCUCCAAUGCCACCGCAGAGCCCACGCCCACCUCCAUGGCUCCUCCAUCCGUGACAGCGGUGACAGCCACCACCAAGCCACAAGCCGAGGAGCCAGCUGCCAGCACAGUGCCAGCACCUGUACCUCACAGGAGCCCCACUCCUGAGGUGGAGGCCACGUCUUCCAUGACACAGCCAGGCACUGCUCCGUCUGCCCGGGGGCCCACAGGGCCAGGCACACCCCAGACACCGGAGCAGGUCGAGCCUGAAUCCACCCCUGGUACUGCGUCUGCCGGGCCAACGCCCGGGAGCUCAGGGGACUCGAGGAUGCCGGCCACGGACUCGUGCCAGCUCAGCACCCAAGGCCAGUACUUGGUGGUCUCCACCAAGCCCCUCACCCUAUCCUCGGUGAACAAAAGUCUGCUGUUGGCCGUGCUGCUGUUUGGGGUGACCCUGUUCAUCACUGUCUUGGUUCUGUUCGCCCUGCAAGCCUACGAGAGCUACAAGAAAAAGGACUACACGCAGGUGGACUAUCUCAUCAACGGCAUGUACGCAGACUCAGAAAUGUAGGAGGGGCGGCCCGCGGGCUCUGGCGGGCCCUGGACGGCUGGCCCGUCCCUCCUCCCAUUCUGCCCCUGAGACCAAACUAAGUGCUUCCGAAUUCUUUGGUGCAAUUUAGGAGAUAGGCCAGAUGCUUAAACAUGUUUCAUUGCUGUCCUUUUAAUUCCAUGAUCACUAAAGAGUCGCUGCUUUUUUCAUAAUUAUUUUUGUAAACGAGCGCAUUGCCGGGGCAGGUGGCGAUUCCGCCUCGGGGCGGGCGGCGGGUGUGGCUCCCGACCAGAAUUAAAGCAAUGACCGCUUUCCCCCUUCA